UCGCGACAUUAAAUGUGUGAGGACACAAACACUGAAGACGAUGAAGUAAAAGUCAAACUGACAGAGUGCGCGUUUGCUUCGAGUCAGGACCACUACACUGAAAACAGAAGAAAUGUUGGCUGCUUUCAGAGGACUUCCAAGGAUUUUGCUAAUAUUCAGUCUAGUACUGAACUCCACUUUAGGUGCUGACACUGGAUGUGAUGACUGGAUUCUUAAUGGAAACGAUGGUGUCUGCUGCAAGAAAUGCAAGCCAGGGAACCGCUUGGUGGAAAGUUGUGGAAGAGACCCAGAAAAGCUCUGUACCCCCUGUGAACCCGGAACUUACGUUAACAAUCUAAAAUUAUCUUGUUUGAGAUGUACCCAGUGCAUAGGAAAUCAGUUUACACAUAAACCUUGCACUAUCAGCAGCGAUACCGUAUGUGGAUGCAAGGACGGAUAUCGGUGUGGAAACAACAAAUGUUCCUUCUGUGUUGAUGAAUGCAAGGUGGGGGAGGAGCCCACCAAAGAACGAUCUUGUAGAAAAUGUCCAGAGGGAAAAUUCAAUGAUAAAAUCCACAGUGUGUGCAAAGAAUGGAGAAAAAGUUGUCCUGAUGGACAGACUUUGGUCAAAGGAAAUGUUACCAGUGACAGUACAUGCAUAUAUUUAGAAGAACCGAGACCAAAACUCUUACCUACUGGGGCAAAAGAUGAAAAUGAACAGACAAACUGGCUUCCAGUUUUCAUUGCUGCAGGGAUGGCAGGUUUGGCUGUCCUUUUUAUCAUAGCAUCUGUGGUUGCAUACGUAAAGGCACAAAACAAAACAGAGAAGAAGCCAAAAACCGAUACCCCUGACCAAGACCACUCAGACGAGUCCAGGGUAAUGGUUGUUGAGCAGGAAGACUGUAGUUUUCGUCAUCCUGAGCAGGAACAGGGUGGCAGCUCAGAAUCCAUCAAUACGCAAGACUCAGAGUCUAAACUCAUAGUGUGAGUUUACUGGACAGUAUUUAUUUUUUUUAUCUGACUUUAGCAUUGCUACAGGGACAAGAGGACAAAACCUCUGAACAUCUACUAAACUGUGAAAUACAUACUUGACUGGGCGUCGAUCCGCCAUUCCAGUUGGUGUAUCGGUGAUUAAUUUGAACAAAAUGAGUUACAUUUGUUCUGAAGAACAAAAUGAACUUUCACGUCGGAGUUUCUGAAGUGUGGUGCACCUUAAUAACACAAAGAUGAGAGGUUGUUAAUGUAGGUGUGCAGUAGCAGACAGCAUGUCAACACUUUUAUGAGAGUAGGCGUCAUCUACUGGUGCUUGUGUCACAUUUUCAGGUCAAAGCCCUCUUGAAAUACCCUGGUGGGCUUCCCCACUUUUUCUAAAAGAGCACCAUUUAAAAAAAAUGAUCUUUGGAUCAAGAACAAAGAGGAUAACAUAAACACAAUGAGAC